CACGUAUCUGGCUGGAGGUUAACCUUUAAGGCCAGCAGCGGGUCAACUGGUGCUUGAACAGAUUCAUCUGACCAAACAAGCCAGAGAGUUACAGGUAACAGUAUAGUACUGUAAGUCGUAGUUUCGCCUUAACUUGGAGCAAGUAAACAGUUGACUGACUACAGCCGCCGGGAGUUGUACACAAGGUUCUAAACACAGAAGCCACAUUUCCACGUUUGAGUAAACAAGAGAGCGUCCUGUUGCCAUCAGUCAUGGAAACGAAUACCGCUGUGAGACUUCAUGGUGUGAACGACCUGCGGGUUGAAGAGCUCGAGGUCCCCACUGUUGGACCUGGUGAUGUCCUGGUCAAACCAGCUCUGGUGGGCAUCUGUGGCUCUGACCUCCACUUCCUGCACACCGGCGCGAUCGGCUCCUACAUCCUGCGUAAGCCGAUAGUGCUGGGGCAUGAGAUCAGCGCUGUCGUCUGUCAGCUCGGCGAGGGUGUGGAGGGACUGAAGGUGGGUGAUCACGUCAGCGUGGACCCGAUGAGGCCGUGCUUGGACUGUUUCUACUGUGCUCGCAAACGAUACAACUUGUGUACCAGACAACAUAUCGCGGGCAUCCCACACACUGAUGGGGCUUUCGCUCGGUUCAUGGUCACCCCAGCCUCAUCGUGCUUCAAGCUUCCAGACGGAUGUAGCCUAGAAGAAGGGGCGUUUAUGGAACCGUUGUCUAUAAGUGUAUGGGGUUUUCGACGCUGCCCAGUUAUCCCUGGUGAAAAAGUUGUUGUUAUAGGAGCAGGUACAAUUGGGCUGCUGGCGGCACAGGCAGCCAAAGCUUACGGAGCGAGUAAAGUCAUGGUGGUGGAUGUUGUACAAAGUAGGCUGGACCUGGCCACUCAGCUGGGCGUUGACCUCACUUUGAAGAUUGACCCCAAAGCGGAAACCAGUCAAAAUGCUGAAGCAAUCAAGGCUGCUCUAGGCUCUGAGGCUGACCAGUGUGUAGAGUGUAGCGGUGCCCCUGGAGCAGUGGAUACAGCCAUACUCUCCUGCAGGCGUGCGGGGCGACUGCUCAUGCUGGGUCUUGGGGAGAUGAAAAUGGACGUGAACCUUGGGCUGGCAGCUCUGAACGAAGUCGAUGUUAUUGGAGCGAUAUGCAACAACGGCGUAUUUCCUGAAUGCGUCGAGCUUGUGUCAUCUGGGAAGGUGAAGGUCACACCACUCAUCUCCAAGAAGAUGCCACUGCGACAAGUGAAAGAAGCCCUGAAAGUUCUGGAGCAAGAUUCUCGUGACUGCAUUAAGAUUUUGAUAGAGUGUCAGAAAUAACCAGCAUGCAUCUUAACCAUACGUUUGCAAAAUGGAGAGGCCUCCACAAUAUAUACAAAUAAUGAACUGUAAAUAUAUACAUAUAUAUCUUUUAUUAUAUAUGUGAGGCAGCGUGGUGGAA